AUGGCAGCCAACGACCGCACCGACAUUCCUCCAGCCCCAGCCUAUUUCCCCACCUCCGCUGAUUCCCCCCUUCACCCCCCAACAGCCCUCUACACCUCUCUUCGCGGUCUCUCCCCCGACAAUGACUUGACUAAAACCCAGGAUUUUGUCGUCCCACCCCGCAGCGGAAAAGCCUGGACCGUACCUGCCGGCGCCAUAUUCCGCCUUUCGACCCCAGAAGGCCCGCAAGUAGGCGAUCUGAACGUCUGGAACCAGCAUGAUCCCCGAGAGAAGUUCUGGGCCAGCAGGACAAGGCAGUUGCAGGGAAGCCAUGUGGUACAGGGUGAUAGGCUGUGGAGUUGUUUGCCGUUUAUGAGGCCACUUUGUGGGCUUGUGGAAGAUGGAUCGAGUAGGGAUGAGAGGGGUGGAGUUACAAAGUGGGGUGGAAGGUGUAAUGAUCUAUUGGGGACGAGGUGUGAUCCUUAUGUUGGGAACGUGCUGACAGGCGCUUCCUACGACUACCACUGUCACUCCAACCUUGUCCGUUCUGUUCUUCCCUACGGUCUCACAGAAUUUGACGUGCACGAUGUGCUUAAUGUAUUCCAAGUCACCGGACUAGAUUCCCAAGGUCGUUACUUUAUGGAAGCUAGCCCUGCAACGAAAGAUAGUUUCCUUACAUUCUUCGCCGAGCAGGACUUAUUGUGCGCAUUGAGCACAUGUCCCGGUGGAGACCUGAGUCGCUGGGGCUGGACUCAGGCGGAGGAGGUUAGUGGGAGCAAAGAGAAGAAAGAGGGAGAAGACGACGAAGGAAUGAAGAGUACAUGCCGACCCAUCAGGGUCGAGGUGUACGAAAUUAAAGAGGCAGUAAAAGAGAAAGCACUGAAAGGAUGGAAGAAGCCUGAGAAGAGUGGAUAUCGGGGGAUGCAUGGAAUGGGUAUUCCUUCAGGCGAGGCUUAG